AUGGCUGGGUUGGCAUCCGCAAGCGCUUUAUCGUCGGUCUUUGACGAGGUCAUUCUCUUGGAGCGAGACAAUCUCCCAGCACAAGUGGAGGCACUGCCAGCAAAGAGAGGUGGAGUGCCACAAUUCCAGCAACCCCAUGUGAUGCUGUGUGGGGGCCUGCGGCUGUGUGAGGAUCUUUUUGGGGGCUUCAAGGAUAACCUGAGGAAAGCAGGAGCCCAAGAUGUGGACUGGCUCAAAGACUGCUCUGUGUGGGACUUUGGAGGCUACAUGGAACCCAUGCCGCAGGACGAGCCAUCGCCCCUCGAGUCCGUGGGGGCUACCAGAAAGUUGAUGGAGCACACAGCGCGCGAGAUAGUCUCAACGAAGGACAACAUCACUCUGCGGAGUGGAGCUGUUGUCAGCGGACUGCGAUACUCUGACGGGAGUGCCACAGUGUCAGGUGUGGUGCUGAAAGAUGGAGAACAGAUACCGGCAGACUUUGUGGUUGAUGCGAGCGGCCGCAACAGCAAGCUGUCAGAGUGGCUGCAAGCUUCAGGCCACUCGGCGCCGCCCCAGGAGGUCAUCAAUUCCGGCCUCGGCUACGGCACGCGCACCUACCAGAUGCCAGAGCACUGGUUCCGCGAGCAUGGCUGGAAGGCUGCCACCAUAUCACCCAGGCCACACUCUGGGCGACAGGGGCUGCUGCUGCCAGUGGAGGAUGACCGAUGGCAGCUCAUCAUGACCGGCAUGGCUGGCGAUCAUCCACCCACCGAUGAGGAGGGGUACCUGGAGUUUGCCCGGUCCCUGCCGCAGCUUGACAUUUAUGAUGCCAUCAGGCAGGCCGAGCCAAUCGGCCCUGUGUACACAUACUCCCGCACAGAAAACAUCAGGCGGCGAUAUGAGAAGGUUGAGCUGCCUGCCGGGGUGUGCGUGCUGGGAGAUGCAGCAGCAUCCUUCAAUCCCAUAUAUGGCCAAGGCAUGACCGUCGGCAUCAAAGCUGCCAUUCUGCUGCGGGACCUGCUGCAGAAGCGACUGGCAACGGGCGCCAGGUUCUCAACAGACAAGCGCACUGAGCUUCUGCAAGGCUUUGGCAAGGAGUAUCAGGCGGCACUGGCAGCACUGCAAGACUUUCCCUGGACAGUCGCCACUGGCGAUGACGAGAAGCACCUCCAGGCGCUCGGCAAGCUCCCGGCCAAGAAGAAGACUGCUGGGGAGACAUUCAUCAACUGGUACUUCUUGCAGGCGAUCAAAUGUGCCAUGCACGACUACAAAGUCAGGAGUGAGAUAUUCACCGUAAACCACAUGAUGGUGGAGCCAUCAGCGCUGUUCAGCCCUUCCAUAGCUUCAAAGGUGGCCCUGAUCAGCCUCAAGGACGCAUGGGGAAACCUGACAGCAGCUGGCUAG